CAUCACCCUAAGCUCAUAUGCAGCUUCAGCUGAGCUACCUCAUUCGGACGCGAAGGACUGGUAGCUAGCUGUCUUUGUUCCAUCCACCCGUUCUCUUGCUCAUAUUUGAACUGUCUGCAUCCCAAAUCUUUCCUACCUUUUCAUCACUCAAAAAACAACAACCAAACGAAUCAGACGCUUUCAUCGCGAUCCAAUCCAAGCAAAUCCCCACAAGAACAACCUUCAUAAACAACAACACAAACCACACACCUCACACUCAAAAUGUCGUUCUUCAUUGAGACCACCAGCCGUCGCCUGGCUACCCUCCCCCGCGUUGUCCCCAGAACCUUGGCCGCCGCGCCUAGGUCCUUCACCACCACCGCUCCCGUCCAGAAGUCGCCAACCGAGGCCGUCAAGGAUGGCCUGAAGACUGUCGACCGCAAGGUCAGCGACAAGCUCGUUGAUGGAAUUGAUGUCGGAGCCAACGUUGCCGAGAAGGUUAAACAGGCCGUCCCCAACAACGCGGGCGAGGCCAAGGGCAAGGCCCAGGAGCUCAAGGGCGAAGCCUCAGGCAAGACCAGCGAGCUGUCCGGCCAGGCCAAGGGCAAGGCGAACGAGCUCGCAGGCAAGGCUCAGGGCACCGCCGAGCAGGUUAAGAAGAACAUGUAAGGUGUUUUCUUACAACGAACAUGAAAGAUGACAGACUGUACGAAGAAUAAUUCAUGAGUGGACAUGAUCGUGUCCCACUGUACACUACCAUUACUACUACCUCAUAGCAUGGCAAGGGGUUCUCGGGUCUACAAACGGGGCGUUUUAGCAAGCUCAAUCAAAAAUGGCUAUUGAUGAUACAGCAAAUUCAUUCGUACUACC